GAGAGUCAGGUGGAGCUUCAACCAUGGGAGGCGGCGGCGGCAGUACAAUUGGCGGUGGCAGCGUGCUAGGCGGACACGGUACUCUAAUGAGCACGGCAGGUAUGAGCAAUAGUACAGUUGGCGGUAUGGGUGUUGGGGCUCCUCCUGGCAGCAUGUUACAUGGAACUAGCUUAGGGGGUGUAGGUACAGGUAAUGGUGGCGCAACACCAGGUAAUGUAUAUGGUGGCGGCGGCAAUGGUGGUGGCAAUGGCAAUGGACAUAAUACUGCUCCGGGUUCUGUUAUUGAUUCACGCGCUGUAGCAGUGGUAGUAACAUUACCCGGAGGGCCUGGCUCACAGCAUCCGGGCCAAGCACUAAGCGACUAUGGCCCAAUAUAGUUAAUGGUACGACCAGAUACAGCGCACUGGGUAUCAACAAGUAGUUUUAGUCAAUUGUAAACAAUUAAAACAAAAAAAAAUAAUUUAAAAUAUCUAUUUUAUGAAUUUACUAAAGCAAUUGACUUCUACGAAAUUUGACUGGAGCGCUACUUUUGUUAAAUUUUAUUUUUAAAAUAAAAUAAGACAAGCCGCCAUAUAUUAUAUUUUAUAGUUGUAGAAUGUUUUUAAAAAUAUUAAGAAAAUGAAACAUAUUCAUAAAUUCUAGUCCAAAAAAAAACAUUUAACUUCUUUUAUCAAU